AUGAGUGAAAGGAGAAGAUCUGCAGUCGCCCUGAGCUCGCGAGCACAUGCCUUCUCCGUUGAAGCCUUGAUCGGCUCAAAUAAAAAGCGGAAACUGCGAGACUGGGAGGAGAAGGGGUUGGACCUGUCCAUGGAGGCGCUGAGCCCGGCGGGCCCGCUCGGAGACACCGAGGACUCGGCCACGCACUGCCUGGAGCCCCACCCGGAUUCAGAGCAGAGCACUGGUGGGUCAGACUCUGAGGUGCUCACUGAGAGGACUUCCUGCUCCUUCAACACUCACCGUGACCUAAGUGCCAGUGCUGCAGGCUCUGUGCCUGCCACCAUGUCCUCCAUGGAGGAGAUUCAGGUGGAGCUGCAGUGUGCUGACCUCUGGAAGAGGUUCCAUGAUAUAGGGACUGAAAUGAUCAUCACCAAAGCAGGCAGGAGAAUGUUUCCUGCCAUGAGAGUGAAAAUCACAGGCCUGGAUCCACACCAGCAAUACUACAUAGCAAUGGACAUUGUGCCUGUGGACAAUAAAAGAUACAGAUACGUAUAUCACAGCUCCAAGUGGAUGGUGGCAGGCAAUGCUGAUUCACCUGUUCCCCCAAGAGUUUAUAUCCACCCCGAUUCUCUAGCUUCUGGAGACACCUGGAUGAGACAGGUGGUCAGUUUUGACAAACUCAAGCUGACCAACAAUGAAUUGGAUGAUCAAGGACAUAUAAUUCUGCACUCUAUGCACAAAUACCAGCCUCGAGUUCAUGUCAUUCGCAAGGACUUCAGCAGUGACCUCUCACCCACUAAGCCUGUCCCUGUUGGGGACGGAGUGAAGACAUUCAACUUUCCUGAGACUGUCUUCACUACAGUCACAGCCUAUCAGAAUCAACAGAUCACCAGAUUAAAAAUAGACCGGAACCCUUUUGCUAAAGGAUUCAGAGAUUCUGGAAGGAACAGAACUGGACUGGAAGCCAUCAUGGAGACUUACGCAUUUUGGAGACCCCCUGUACGCACACUCACCUUUGAGGAUUUCACCACCAUGCAAAAGCAGCAAGGUGGCAGCACAGGCACAUCCCCAACAACCUCCAGCACUGGGACGCCAUCCCCUUCUGCUUCUUCUCAUCUGUUAUCUCCAUCCUGUUCUCCUCCAACCUUUCAUUUGGCCCCCAACACUUUCAAUGUGGGCUGUCGAGAGAGUCAGCUGUGUAACCUAAACCUCUCUGAUUAUCCACCCUGUGCCCGAAGCAACAUGGCUGCCUUGCAGAGCUACCCAGGGCUGAGUGACAGUGGUUACAACAGGCUCCAGAGCGGCACCGCUUCAGCUACUCAGCCCUCAGAAACCUUCAUGCCUCAGAGGACUCCAUCUCUGAUCUCAGGAAUACCAACACCUCCCUCGCUGCCUAGCAAUGGCAAGAUGGAAGCCUACAGUGGCCAGCUGGGGUCCUUCCCCACUUCUCAGUUUCAGUAUGUCAUGCAGGCAGGCAAUGCCGCCUCCAGCUCCUCUUCACCACACAUGUUCGGGGGCAGCCACAUGCAGCAGAGCUCCUACAAUGCCUUCUCCCUCCACAACCCCUACAACCUGUAUGGAUACAAUUUUCCCACUUCCCCUAGGCUAGCUGCAAGCCCAGAAAAACUGAGCGCCUCUCAAAGCACUUUACUCUGUUCUUCCCCUUCCAAUGGGGCUUUUGGAGAGAGGCAGUACCUGCCCACGGGAAUGGAGCACAGCAUGCACAUGAUUAGCCCGUCACCCAAUAACCAGCAGGCGACCAACACCUGUGAUGGCCGGCAGUAUGGGGCGGUCCCAGGUUCCUCCUCCCAGAUGUCUGUGCACAUGGUUUAAUGGCCAGUCAGAUCCCACGGAGCCCACAGCGGCCGAGGCCCCAGAGUCUCCCUGGGCAGAUCCUCCUCUUGAAAACAGGAACUGUGUUUUCUUUUUUCCUUUUCCUUUUUUUUUUUUUUUUUGAGGAGGAAAACAUAUACCCA